UUCGAAAGACAUUAAACAUAAAAUUAUUCCUUUUUUUUAAAUAUUAGUGUUACUUUUAAUAAAAUUAUUUACUCAAUAUCUUAAAAUUGUCUGUGAUGGCACAUGUUUUAUAACUGUUUUGAAAAUUUCGAGUCACUUCUUAUAGUUAAAAUUUAAUUAAAGUCAGUGUAGUGGUAAUAAAUAAAUUUUGGCAUCAAAUUAAGUAUUGGAUAUCAUGGCGAAUAAUAAUGUGAUAAAUUUUGGGGCAGGACCCGCCAAACUCCCAGAAGAGGUGAUGCUUGAAGUGCAAGAGCAAUUGGUCCAUUAUGGGGAAACAAAAAUCAGUGUAAUGGAAAUGAGCCAUCGGUCAAAAGACUACAUGAAAAUCAACGAUGAUACACAAAAUGCAGUUAAAGAAUUAUUACAAAUACCAGACAAUUACAAAAUAUUAUUCCUGCAAGGAGGUGGUACAGGAAUGUUUGCAGCCAUACCUCUGAAUAUUUUGAAGACUGGAGUUGCAGAUUAUGUUGUUACAGGGUCUUGGUCUGCAAAAGCUGCCAAAGAAGCAGCAAAAUAUGGUAAAGUCAACAUGGUUAUUCCAAAAAUGCCAAAAUAUCAAGAUAUUCCCGACCAAUCUACAUGGAAUUUGGACCCAAAUGCAGAUUACGUGUAUUAUUGUGCUAAUGAAACUGUAGAUGGUGUUGAAUUUCCAUUCAUUCCUGAUACUAAAGGAGUUCCACUAGUCUGCGAUAUGUCUUCAAAUAUUCUUUCACGUCCAUUUGAUAUCACAAAAUAUGGUAUAGUAUACGCUGGAGCCCAGAAAAAUAUUGGACCUGCAGGAAUAACUUUGGUUAUUGUUCGUGAAGAUUUAUUAGGAAGACCAAGUCCUCAAUGUCCUUCAGUAUUUGAUUUCACGAUAAUGGCUAAAGAAAAGUCGAUCUACAACACGCCUCCAACAUUCAUUAUUUAUGUAAUGGGCAGAGUCUUCGAAUGGAUCAAACGCCAUGGAGGUGUCGAAGGAAUGCAGAAGAAUGCUGCCACCAAAUCCAGGAUGCUAUACGAUUUAAUAGAUAGUUCUGAUGGUUUUUAUAGUUGUCCAGUAAAACCACAUGUUCGCAGCAGGAUGAAUGUACCGUUUAGAGUUGGUGGAGCUGGUGGAGAUGAAGCUCUGGAAGAAAUUUUCUUGAAAGGCGCCCAACAGAAGGGAAUGCUUCAAUUGAAAGGACACAGGUUGGUUGGCGGCAUUCGAGCAUCUAUUUAUAAUGCAGUAACCGUAGAAAAUGUCAGAUGUCUUACUGAAUAUAUGAAAGAGUUUAUGAAAACGCACAAAAAAUGAAUAUUCAAAAUUGAUAAUUAUUCAAAAAAAACUUCAAGACUCAAUAAGAUCAUCACUAUA